CCGGGUCCAACCAUUGUAAAAACACCUUCACGUUGCCGCCAUUACCGUUCUGAAACAGAAACUAGAAGCCGAUAAACCCUAAACCUUACCAAACACUCGAGAAACUUGAGCUAUCUGUUUCCAUGGCCGUCAACGACGCCGAUCAAUCCAAUAAGGCUCACAGGACUCGCCAAUCUGGCUCCAAAUCAGUCAAGAAGAAGCAUAAGAAGAUAAAGCAUGAUGCCGGAGAGAAUCAGAAAAAUCAAAACCCUAAGGCAUUCGCCUUCUCUUCCUCUAACAAAGCCAAGCGACUACAAUCACGCGCUGUCGAGAAAGAGCAGCGCCGCCUUCACGCUCCUAUCAUCGACCGUUCUUACGGUGAGCCCGCUCCAUACGUCGUCGUAGUGCACGGUCCUCCUCAGGUUGGGAAGUCACUGUUGAUAAAGUGUCUAAUCAAGCAUUACACGAAGCAUAAUUUGCCUGAUGUUCGAGGUCCAAUUACUAUCGUUUCAGGAAAGCAAAGGCGGUUGCAGUUUGUGGAAUGCCCAAAUGAUAUCAAUGGCAUGAUAGAUGCGGCAAAGUUUGCAGAUCUCGCACUUCUUCUCAUAGAUGGGAGUUAUGGUUUUGAAAUGGAAACCUUUGAAUUCCUUAAUAUAUUGCAAGUUCACGGUUUCCCGAAGGUCAUGGGAGUUCUCACACAUCUUGAUAAAUUCAACGAUCCUAAAAAGUUGAGGAAAACAAAACAACGACUCAAACACCGGUUUUGGACUGAAAUAUAUGAUGGUGCUAAGUUAUUUUACUUAUCAGGCCUUAUUCAUGGAAAGUAUGUCAAACGUGAAGUUCACAAUCUUGCUCGAUUUAUUUCUGUCAUGAAGUUUCAUCCCUUAUCCUGGCGAGCUGGUCACCCCUAUGUUUUGGUAGAUCGUUUUGAAGAUAUCACUCCUCCUGAAAAAGUGCAUGCAAAUAAUAAAUGUGACAGAAAAGUCACCCUUUAUGGUUAUCUCAGGGGCUGUAAUUUGAAAAAGGGCAAUAAGGUGCACAUAGCUGGAGUGGGCGAUUAUAGUUUAGCUAGUAUUACUGAUUUACCUGAUCCAUGCCCUCUUCCAUCUGCUGCAAAAAAGAAGGGAUUGCGUGAUAAGGAAAAAUUAUUCUAUGCUCCAAUGUCUGGCCUUGGGGAUCUUUUGUAUGACAAAGAUGCUGUAUACAUAAAUAUUAAUGAUCACUUUGUUCAAUUCUCAAAAGUUGAUAAUGAGGACUCUGCCAUGACAAGCAAAGGAAAGGACAGAGAUGUAGGGGUGGAUUUGGUAAAAUCACUACAAAAUACCAAGUACUCAAUCAAUGAAAAACUAGAGAACAGUUUUAUCAAUCUUUUUGGUCAAAAGCGCAAAGUGUCAUCAGAAGCUCUAGCUGAUGCACAGGCCAUAAACAAGGAUGUAGAACAGGAUGACAAAACAGAGGCCUUGGAUAAUUAUGAGCCUGGCGUCGGUAUAAUUGGUGAAUAUAAUCACAAAAUGGAUUUGGAUGGUUCAGAAUCAUCUGAUCAGGAUGAUGGUGAUGCCAAUGGAGAUAAUGAAGGCAGUAGUUCUGAUGAUGAAGAUGAUGAUGCAACAGAUAGUAAAGCUAUGAACAGAGACCACUUAAAAGAGCGUAUUGAGUUUCAUGAUGGAAGACGAAGGAGAAGAGCAAUAUUUGGAAAUGAUGUUGAUCAAAGUGAUCUGAUGGAUUCAGAAGAAGAUGAGGAUGGUGCUUCCAGUGAUGACAUGGCAUCUGAUUCAGAGGCUUCAAAAGAAGAUGACAACGAGAAUGAUGACACAAAUGACAUGGGUAAUGUUUCCAAGUGGAAAGAGUCUUUGGCAGAAAGAACUCUCUCACGAAAAACUCCUAGUUUGAUGCAACUUGUGUAUGGGGAAUCUACUAUUAGUCCAACCUCUAUAAACAAAGAGAAUGAUAAUAGUGAGGGUGAAGAAAGUGAAGAUGACUUUUUUAAGCCCAUAGAAGAAGUGAAAAAGCAAAACAUGAGAGAUGGAUUGAAUGAUGGAAUAGUAAACACUGAGGAUUGUUCCAAGUGUACACAAUUUGUGGAUCAGAGAUGGGAUGAGAAAGAUAACGAGGAGAUUCGCAAUCGAUUUGUAUCUGGCAAUUUGGCAAAAGCUGCACUCAGAAAUGCACUACCAAAAGCCAAUGCUGAAGUGGAAAAUGACGAUGUCUAUGGUGACUUUGAAGAUAUGGAAACUGGAGAAAAAUUUGAGAAUUAUGAGACGGAUGAUGCUUUUGCAGAGACAACCCACAAGGUAGAUGAUUUGGAAGCUGAGGAGCGGCGCCUUAAGAAACUUGCUCUUCGUGCAAAGUUUGAUUCUCAAUUUGAUGAUGACUUUGGGUCACCAGAGGAAGAUACCAGCAAUGAAAAUGAGAGCAUGUUCCAUCGUGGUCAAGCUAAUGAAAGUAGCUAUUUUGACAAGUUGAAGGAGGAGAUUGAACUCCAGAAACAAAUGAAUAUAGCUGAACUCAACGAUCUUGAUGAGGCUACUCGAUUAGAGAUAGCAGGCUUCCGAACAGGGACAUACCUAAGAUUGGAGGUUCAUGAUAUUCCUUGUGAGAUGGUUGAAUAUUUUGAUCCCUACCAUCCAAUAUUGGUUGGAGGGGUUGGUAUAGGGGAGGAAAAUGUUGGAUACAUGCAGGCCAGGUUAAAGCGGCACAGGUGGCACAAGAAAGUUCUGAAGACCAGAGACCCAAUUAUUGUAUCUGUGGGAUGGAGGCGUUACCAGACAACCCCUGUUUAUGCUAUCGAGGAUAGCAAUGGAAGGCAUCGUAUGCUAAAAUACACUCCAGAACACAUGCAUUGCCUUGCUAUGUUUUGGGGUCCUCUUGCUCCUCCCAACACUGGGAUUGUUGCUGUUCAGAAUUUAUCAAACAACCAGGCAACAUUUAGGAUUACUGCAACUGCUGUUGUACUUGAGUUUAAUCAUGCAGCAAGGAUAGUGAAGAAAAUCAAAUUGGUUGGCCACCCAUGCAAGAUAUUCAAGAAGACAGCACUUAUCAAGGAUAUGUUUACCUCGGAUCUUGAAGUAGCUCGGUUUGAAGGUGCAGCUAUUCGAACUGUCAGUGGGAUCAGGGGGCAGGUCAAGAAGGCUGCAAAAGAAGAAAUAGGUAACCAACCAAAAAGGAAGGGUGGGCAAACCAAGGAAGGAAUUGCUAGGUGCACUUUUGAAGACAAAAUUCUGAUGAGUGACAUUGUUUUCCUUCGUGCAUGGACUCAAGUUGAAGUUCCUCAGUUUUAUAAUCCAUUGACAACAGCAUUGCAGCGUCGUGAUCUGACCUGGAAAGGAAUGAGAACUGUUGCAGAAUUGAGAAGAGAACAUGAUCUUCCUAUACCUGUAAACAAAGAUUCACUUUACAAGAAAAUUGAAAGAAAACCUAGAAAGUUCAACCCAUUGGUGAUUCCCAAGUCUCUACAAGCAAGUCUACCAUUUGCAUCAAAACCCAAGGAUAUACCCAAGAGAAAAAAGCCAUUACUUGAAGAGAGAAGGACAAGGGGUGUUGUCAUGGAGCCUCGAGAGCGCAAAGUUCAUGCUCUCGUUCAACACCUCCAGUUAAUAAACAAUGCAAAGAUGAAAAAGCGAAAGCUUAAGGAAGAGAAUAAGAGAAAAGUACUUGAAGCAGACAGAGCAAAAGACGAGCAGUUGUCAAAAAAGCGGCGGAGAGAGGAAAGGCGAGACAAGUACCGAGCACAAGACAAGCUGAAUAAGAAAAUUCGGAGAGCAGAUGUUUGAGUUUAUGGCUUGAAUUUCGUUCUGAAAUUGUUGGGUUGAAUGAAUUUUGAGGCAUGGAACCAUCAUCCACCUCCAAAAAAGGAGAUAGAAAGAAAGGUUCAUGCGUUGUAGCUACAUGCAUUAUGGAACUUAAAAGAGCAUACUCCACGUAUUCAGCGUCAUAUUGUUUCGGAAACGGUGCCACCAAUUUGUGGGAUUACGGGCAACGUUGAUAGAUGAAAAUGCUUGGAAGUUGAAAUUAGUGAGCCGAGUAUCAAGUAUGCUUUGACUUCCCAAUUUGUGUGUCAUGUAUAACAAAUUUUGGCCUGCUAAUGGUAACAUAUAGUUCGAUUAUUAGAUAAAAUUGUUUGGUGUGGGAAACAUGCUACAGUAAUUGGCUUCGUAAGCAUCCUGAAUAUCAAUUUUGAGCGGGGAGUUGACGUCCCUUCAACUUCGCUUGUAUAAAAAGAAUUAUUGCAAUUGUUCAGGAAAAUUAAUUUCUAUUGUUUUUUAGACUGUAU